UCCCUCCCUUAUUUUCCCGCUUUCUCCCUUCUCCUUAAAAACUUUCACCUUAAAUCCCUAAUCCCCAAACGGCCAAACCCUACUUCCACUCUCCCAAAAAAAGGAUACGGCGUUUACCUUGUCGUUUAACAUUCCGCCGCCGAAGAUGGAUCUCCGGUGCCGGUCCUUUCCCAGGCAUUCCCUUACUCGAUCCGAGCCUUUCCUAAAGUACCUCAAACCCGGUGCACUAGCUCGACUUAGGGACUCGCGAAUCAGCGCUAGAUCACACCGACUGAGUCCCGUUUUUCAGAUCUCGCUGCCCGCUCCGCCGUCCAACGACGUUCGAUCAUUUUCCGUUGCCGUCGACAGCUUUCCUUGCUUUGUGGCGACGAGGAGGGCUUACGGGCCUAAAUGUCUUCAAAGGAAGAAGCUAUCUGCUGGCAAAGGAAUGAUUUUUCUUAAUUCAACACCGUCAGCUUUGGAUUUGCUGGAUCCUGCGGUGGAUCUGCUAAGUAGUGAAUGAAAUCAGCUUAAUAUAUGUGAAUUUGAGCUCUUUUUUCACCUUAAUUUAGCUCUAGAUUCAUAGAUUAAUAUACUACUCUUCUUGUCUUGUUUAAUUCAACAAAAAGAAUUGAAGUAAUAAUAGUUGCAAUAAAAUCCCAAUUUCCC